AUGAGCGACGAAAACACCCAAUUCUCGCGUGAUGUCGCGCAGGACGCCGGCGAGGCUGCUGGUGGAGUUGGUGAGUCUUGCUCUUCUCAUCCAACGUCUCCACGCUUCCUCCCCUGAGCAGCAAUGACUGACGCUACCACACCAACAGAAGGAACAUACGACUCCGCCCAAGAACAAGUCAGCCAAUUUGCCUCCGGAGUCGAGGACGCGCCAGAGCGUGUAGCUCGUGAGGCCGAGCAAGGCUUCGACGGCAUUGCGCAGGACGUCAGCGACAUUCCGGAAGACGCGGAGAAAGGCGUCCAGGGUGCUGCGAGCUGGGUCGGUGAACAAGUAGGAGGGGCUCAGGAGGAUGUCCAAGACGCCGGGAGGGAUGUGAGUGACUUUGGGAAUGAUAUGAACCAAUCCUACGAUCAGGGUGAGGCAGAGGGCAGGCGUGAUUAG